GUGGCUGCUUGCUUAGGAUGGCUCUUUCUGGCUUCGUUUGUAGCUGCUCUCACAGGAACUGAAGUGCAGCUGUUCACGCUGGAAGAAUGUGUAACCAGAGCGUGUCGUGUCCAUUCCCUGACAAUUAUGAGGCCGUCUUAUUCCCCAUAAUCUACAGCAGUGUCUUUAUAGUUGGUUUGCCGAGUAACCUCAUAGCUAUUGGAGUUAUUGUUCAACUAAUCAGGAAGAAAAACAUCUUGGGCAUCUACCUGGCCAACCUUUGUGCCUCAGACCUCAUGUACAUAAUGACCCUACCUGUCUGGAUUGUCUACACAGCAAAGGAGGAUUGGCUAUUUAGUACCCUCACCUGCAAAAUUGUGGGCUUUUUCUUCAAUGCCAACCUUUACUCGACUAUUUCCUUUCUUAGCUGUAUAGCUACAGACCGCUUUGUUGCCAUGGUUUUUCCACUUCGCUCAAGGAUCAUUCGGAGCAUGAAAACUGCUGUAGUGAUUUGUGUGAUAGUUUGGCUGAUCAUUUUGGGCUCACAUUUGUAUUUCUUAACCAGGGAUGAUGUUUUUACUUCUACCCAGAAUGUGGAACUUUGUUAUGAGAGGUAUCCCAUGGAAACAUGGAUGGCUCAUCUGAACUACUUCCGAAUUUUUGUGGUCUUUCUUAUCCCAUUGAUUCUCUUGGUAUUUUCCUACUGCUCUAUAAUUCGAGUCAUCUAUCGUACGGCCACAUUGGAAACCGAUCAGAAGAGGAAGAUAACUGGGCUGCUCAUGUCUAUGACUGCAAUAUUUGUGGUUUGCUACCUGCCAUAUCAUGUAAUCCUUUUCAUCCGUUCAUAUGUCAGUGACCUGGGCUACUGCAGCUGUACACUAGAGAAGAAUGUUCGCCCCGCCUACCGUAUCACCUUUGCCCUCACUAGCCUGAGCAGUGCCCUAGACCCUUUCCUGAAUAUCUUUGUGAGUGAAGGAGUAAAGCGGGACUUGAUGGUGGAAAUAAGGGCUCUUUGGUUUUACCUGGUAGUUCGGCGAAAAGAAAAGAGCAAAAUGAGGUGCCUCGAUGUCUGUGACGGCAAUGUUCAAAGAAACAGUGGCCUCUUGUGCACACACCAAACAAAAAUGCAGUCUAGGCUGUAAACCGUUUUUUGGACAAGACAUUUUGUGGUUCAAUUUAAAUGGAGCUGGGAUUAUACUCCUGAAAAUCGGAUUUCAAAUUCACUACUGUUUCCCAAGGGAUUAAAGCUUUUCUAUAAACAGAAUGUGCUGCAAGUACAAGUGCAUCCAACCCAAACCCUGUAUCUGAUAACCAAGAAAGCUUCAACUUUGGUCAAUUUACUGCAACCUUUCUGAACAAGUUGAUUUCAUUGUUAUGGGUAACUUGUAAAUAUGUGGCAAUAAUGGCCUUGGACCUCAAUAUUUAUAAGUAAAACUGAAAAACAUGGGUGGGUAUGGGCCUUAAACUUGGUCUUUCUACUUACAAAGAGGACAGGUCUAUCAAAUAUGAAUUUAACUGCCCUACUGUGUGGGGAAGGCUAUAUUGUUCAGUAUUAGCAAAAGUAUUAAAGUUAAGAAUAUAACUGACAAGUAACAACGUUGUGUAAUAAAUUGUUGUAUUGUUAA